AUGGAUGGCUCCACGUUUCAUUGGACACUUGAGGAGUCCCCGACGGUGGACGCUCUCUCCAAGAUCAUCACGGCCAACUGCGGCGCCAAAGCCGGCCGGCGACUGGUCCUGACCUCGGGUGGCAACGUCUUGGACGAUUCCAAGCCGCUGCUGGAACAGCUUUGUGGUGAAGAGAUCACCUACGUGAUGCAGCAAGUGUCUGCAGGAGAGGCCGCAGUGAGCUUGCGCCGUGCCUUGGCGGAAGAAACCAGAGGCCGUUUGAGGGCUUCUGACGCGAGUGCGAUGGAUGCGAUUGCCUCAUUGACUUUGUUCCAACAAAGCUUGAAAGGUGUCACGUUGCCAAGCAGCCUGGAGACAUUGAAGUUCUUUUGCAAACAAGCAAUCGUUGACGUCACUUUGCCAAGCAGCCUACAAACCUUGACAUUUGGCAGUCACUUCAACCAGAGCUUGGCAGGCGUCGCAUUGCCAAGCAGUUUGCAGACUUUGACCUUCGGACGGAGCUUUGACCAGAGCUUGGAAGGCGUCACAUUGCCAAACGGCCUACACACUUUGACCUUUGGCGAAAAGUUCAACCAGAGUUUGCAAAAUGUCAUGCUGCCAAGCAGCUUGCAGACUCUGUCUUUUGGUUUCCAUUUCCGUCAGAGCUUGGCAAAGGUGAUCUUGCCAAGCAGCCUGCAGGCAUUGACCCUUGGAAGUACACAAAGCUUAGAAGGUGUCACAUUGCCGACAGGCUUGCAGAACUUGACCUUUGGAUAUGAAUUCAACGAACCUCUUGAAGGUGUUACGCUCCCCAGUGGCCUGCAGACUUUGACCUUCGGCUGGCGGUUUAACCAGAGUUUGGAAGGUGUCACCUUGCCAAGCAGCCUGCAGACUUUGACCUUCGGGAACCAUUUUAAUCAGAGCUUGGAAGGCGUCAUGUUGCCAAGCAGCUUGCAGUCUUUGACAUUCGGAGGGAGCUUUGACCAGAGCUUGGAAGGUGUCACCUUGCCAAACUGCCUACACACUUUGACCUUCCGCGAAAAGUUCAACCAGAACUUACAACGUGUCAUGUUGCCAAGCAGCCUGCAGACCUUAACAUUUGGCAAUGCGUUCGACCAAAACUUGGCGGGCAUCGCGUUGCCAAGCAGCCUACAAGUUUUGACCUUCGGCGGCAAGUGCAACCAACGGUUGGCAGGUGUCAUGCUGCCAAACAGCAUGCAAGCAUUGACCUUGAGCAGCUACCAGGACUUGGAAUCUGUCGCAUGGCCAAGCAAUUUGCAAUCUUUGACCUUUGGCUACGAAUUCAAUCAGAGUUUGGAAGGUGGUACAUUGCCUAACAGCCUGCAGACAUUGACAUUUGGUCGUGACUUUGACAAGAGCUUAGCAGGUGUCACAUGGCCAAGCACCCUGCAGAGUUUAAUUUUUGGCGACUGCUUCAAUCAAAGCUUGGAAGGUGUCACCUUGCCAAGCAGCCUGCGGACAUUGACAUUUGGCCUCAAUUUUAAUCAGAGCUUAGAAGGUGUCACGCUGCCCAGCAAUUUGCAGGCUUUGACAUUUGGGCAGGCCUUUGACCAGAGCUUGGAAGGUGUCACAUUGCCAAGCAACCUACAGAUUUUGACCUUUGGCCAAAGUUUCAACCAGAGUUUGCAAAAUGUUUUGCUGCCAAGCGGUGUGGAGACCUUGACAUUAGGGGGAAGGUUCAACUGCAGCUUGGCGGGCCUUGCCUUGCCGAGCAGUUUGCGUUCUUUGAGCUUGGGCUACAAGUUCAACCAAAGCUUGGCUGACGUCAUGUGGCCCUUCGCCCUCGAGUCGUUGACCUUCGCCCUGGGCUCGGAAUUCAACCACAGCUUGGAAAAGGUCACAUGGCCAGUGACCUUGCAACGACUCUGUUUGCAGGACUUCGAGAUCCACCUGCACCGCUGA